GUAUCUGGCAGCACUUUAAGUCUAAAUUGGUGACCCUGGCAAUACCGACCUAAUAAAGAAAAGGAAUAUUAAAGAAUAAAAAGAAGGAAGAAACCAAAGAAACAAAGGAAAAGAGGGACACUUGAAAGUUAGCCAGCAACGUGAACGGCCGCAUACGAGAGUCUCUACAUUGGCGACGAGGAUCAAAAAAAAAUAUAAAAAAAUAUAUAAUAAACUAACGCGCAAUGUCUGAUAACUUUGCAUCAAAAUAUUUAGAACUACCGCCGUUCGACUACACUCUAUAUGAAGAAAAUUGUGGUUUAGAGUGGAGAAAUUGGCUCCGUUCAUUCGAGUGGUACCUUAAAGCAACUCAGAUCGAAGACGAUUCUGAAAAGUUCGUAAAACUGCUACACUUGGCUGGGCGCAAGGUUCAGGAGUUGUAUGAAGCUCUACCAACACCAGCAAGUCUGGCUGAAGUUGCUCGUGGACCACUUGCCAUCGGGUGUAGCCCACAUCCAACAGAUUAUGGCAUCGCGUUAUGCAAGUUAAACGAAUUUUUUGAACCGAAAAGAAAUGCCACAUACGAACGACACGUUUUUCGUCUCAUUAAACAAGAAAAAAGCGAACAAUUCGGUAUAUUCGUCAUGAGACUUCGCAUACAAUCUGAAAAAUGCGAUUUUGGCGAGGCCGCCGAAGAUAAUGUCGAAGAUCAAUUUAUCGAAAAAUGUUUUUCGGCGAAACUUCGGCGGGAGCUGCUUAAGUUGGGUGACUGCAAGCUGGACAACAUUUUGAGAUCGGCAAAAGUAUUCGAAGCAAUUGAGGAACAAUGUAAGACUUUCGACUCAAGUGUAAACACAAACAACCAACUAUCAGAAAACGUCAAUACAAUCGACUCCAAAGCAAUUUUCAAAACGAAUAGGGCCAAUGACAACAAAAUUGAGUGCACCCGAUGUGGAUAUGCUGGGCAUAGGGCUUUCGACGAAAAAUGCCCAGCAAGAGGCAAGCUUUGCAACAAAUGCGGUGGCAAGGAUCAUUUUAUUAGGAAGUGUCGCAGCAAAAAGCGAAUCCAUUCAUACAACACUGCAACUACAAAAGAACCAGAUUUCAAACAAAGAAUGAAGCAUGAAUCUGAAGACCGCCAAACAAAAAAAAUCAAAGCAACUGAAUCCGAAACUAUUAAACUGCUUGACAGCACAACAAAACUCGAUGAAUACAUUUUCUGCAUUGGUGACAGUAAGGCCAAUGAAAUUAGUUGCAAAAUUGGUGGAGUGACAAUCACAGUAGUUGUGGAUUCAGGUUCAAAAUACAAUAUAAUUGACGGUAGCAACUGGGAUUUUCUUAAGGCGAACAAAGUUAAAGUCUCCAAGCAACGGAAGGAUGCUGAUGGUCUUGAGUUUAAAGCGUACGGUGGACAUCCAUUAACUACCAUUGGAAUAUUUGAAGCAACGGUUGAGACUACAUCCAAGUGCUGUGUGGCUGAUUUUUAUGUUGUUAAAGACUAUGGAAAAGCUUUGAUUGGCUAUGAGACUGGUAUUCCACUAGGUGUUAUGAAAAUCGGGGAAAAUAUCAAUCAAGUCGAACAACAGAGCAGCAUGAGCAAAAUAAAAGGGUUUGUUGUUGACAUACCUUUGAAGGAAAACGUCAAACCAGUAGCACAACCAUAUCGCCGAGUACCAGUGCCACUAGAAGAAGCCGUUGACAAAAAAAUUGAUGAGCUACUUGAACAGGGUAUCAUAGAAAAAGUAAAUGAGCCUUCUCAAUGGAUUUCACCUGUAGUACCAGUUCCAAAAGGUGAUGAUGUUCGAGUCUGCAUCGAUAUGCGUCGGGCCAACGAGGCUGUACAAAGAGAGAACCACCCACUUCCAACCAUGGAAGAUUUUCUUCCCCACAUCGGAAAAGGGCAGUUCUUUACCAAGUUGGACGUGAAAAAUGCUUUCCACCAGGUGGAAAUUUCAAAGGAGUCUAGACCGAUUACAACCUUUAUUACCAGGAAGGGUUUAUUCCGUUACACCAGACUCAUGUUUGGAAUAGCUUGCGCACCGGAAUUAUUCCAAAAAAUUAUGGAACAAAUUUUGGUUGGUUGUGAAGGGUGCCUGAAUUACAUGGACGAUAUAAUUAUAUACGGGGAGACAAUGGAGGAACUGAAUAAGCGAGUAGAAAGAGUUUUGAAAACUCUUAAAAAUUUUAACGUCAUGUUAAAUCAGGCGAAGUGUAUUUUUGGUGUACGAGAGCUGGAGUUUUUGGGCCACAAGUUAUCGGCAUCCGGCAUCACUCCUACACAAAGUAAAGUUGAGGCCGUACAAAAUUUUCGUCGCCCGUCAUGUGUAGCGGAAGUGCGUAGUUUUCUUGGCCUUGUUAAUUUCGUUGGAAAAUUUAUUCCAAACUUAGCCGAUCUGACCGAACCACUUCGAGUUUUAACAAAGAAGAAUGCAACAUUUGAGUGGAAAACCGAACAAGGCGUUGCGUUUGAAAGUCUUAAAAAAAGUCUAACAAACGAUUUAGUAGUGGGUUAUUACGAUGUAAAGAAUCGCACUCAAGUGUAUGCUGAUGCCAGCCCAAUUGCUCUAGGUGCUGUUUUGAUUCAAAUCAAUGAAAAGGGCCCGAGAGUGAUCACAUACGCCAGUAAAAGUUUGAGCGAUACCGAAAAACGCUAUUGCCAAACAGAAAAGGAAGCUUUGGCUUUAGUAUGGUCAGUUGAGAGGUUUAAUUUUUAUUUAUUCGGCCGAACAUUUGAACUCGUCACCGACCACAAAGCAUUGGAAACAAUAUUUUCUCCAACCAGUCGACCUUGUGCAAGGAUAGAACGCUGGGUUCUUCGUUUACAAUCCUAUAAAUUUAAGGUUGUGUAUAAACCUGGAAAGAAUAAUAUUGCAGAUCCAUUAUCUCGAUUAGUUGUUACGAGCAAAGCAGAGCCGUGGCAUGAUGAUUUGGACACUGAAGAAUACAUCAAUUAUGUGAUAGCAAAUGCCGUACCAGUCGCUUUGAAACUGGAUGAAAUCAAAGAGGCUUCUGAAAAAGACAUAACUAUAAACGAUGUUAAAACUGGACUCACAGGAAGCAUUUGGUCUGACAGAGCUAGACCAUUUAAAAUAUUUGAAACCGAGCUUUGUUUGGCUGGAAGUAUUUUACUUCGAAGCAACCGCAUUGUUAUGCCAGAAAGUCUGCGAAUUCGUACAAUCGAAUUAGCACACGAGGGACACCCGGGAAUCACGGUAAUGAAACGUCGAUUAAGAUCGAAAGUGUGGUGGCCAAAAAUAGAUAUUGAAGCGGAAAGCUUUGUAAAAAAGUGUCAUGGUUGCACAAUGGUUUCGGCACCACCACCACCCGAGCCAUUGAAGCGCAAAGAGCUUCCUUCUGAACCAUGGUCUCACCUAGCCAUUGAUUUCAUGGGCCCGCUACCUUCAAGUCAUUACCUCCUUGUUGUUGUCGACUAUUUUAGUCGGUUUAUUGAGGUGGAAAUUAUGACAAAGAUUACAACACUCGAAACAAUCAAAAGACUUAGAGUUAUUUUCGCACGUUUUGGUCGACCUAAUUUCAUAACAGCUGACAAUGGAACGCAAUUCAUCAGCACUGAGUUCAAAGAAUAUUGCAAUGAAAAUAAUAUACAAGUAAUUCACUCUACACCAUUUUGGCCACAGCAGAACGGGGAAGUGGAGCGCCAAAAUCGAUCUAUUUUAAAGCGCCUUAAAAUAAGUCAGAAUUUACAUCACGAUUGGCAAAAAGAGUUGCAGGACUAUUUGUUAAUGUAUCGUUCUACGCCACACUCUACCACAUUAAAAUCACCGUCGGAGUUAAUGUUUGGCAGAACAAUUAGAGACAAAUUACCACAAAUAAAUCAGCCUUUUGUAUAUGACGAAGAAUUACAUGAUCGUGACAAAACAAAGAAAGACCAUGAGAAACUUUAUGCGGAUGAAAAACGUGGUGCUAAAGAUAAUAUGAUAGCAGUCGGAGAUUUAGUGUGGUUAAAGAAUUUGGUCAAUACAAACAAGCUGUCAGUAACGUUCGAACCAACUGAUUUCAAAGUAAUUGAACGCAGUGGUUCAGAGAUUGUCGUGGAAAAUCUUGAAACAGGAGUACGUUAUCGACGAAAUGUUUCGCACGUCAUACGUGUGCCAGUACAAAAUGAAGAGGAAAAUGAUGAAGGACUGAAACAAAGCACAGAUCAAAUAGACUUAAGCUACCAGGGACCAACAACCAGCAAGAGAGCAAACUCGGAUGACUUACCGCCUCGCAAGAGAAGAGCACCAGCCAAACUCCAGGAUUAUACCCAGUAA